AUGGCGCGACUACGAGUUCCCGCAUCGCCAGUUGAAACUCGUCGCGCGAAUUAUGCCUAUGAAGGAGCCGGAAACAAGACGCCCAGCCGACCUAAUCAUUCAGGCCCACAGCCUGAGAUCAAUGUAGCCUUCGAUUCGUCUGCCAAUGAUCCCCCUGAACAUCCCACUUCCUUUCCGCGCAUUGUAAGGAGCUUCGCGUUAAUGGACGUGAAGACAAAGCGAGAUGUACAAGGUUACAUUGUCGGACAGUACAAGGCCAUUAAGCAAAUGGGCCACGAGCACAUCACCGCGACUGGCACCAAAACAGUCUUCUUCCUUGGUCAAGCACAACAAGAGGAAGAGUUCGACUUAUUAGACGAGGAUAUGAAGACCGACCUGGGCGAGUACAUCAACGAGGAUGAGGAUGCGGAUCGCUCAUGGCGUGGGGUUUGCGACUUCAUGCAGAAAAUUCCGACCUCCAAGGCUGUGGCGCCGACAGAGUUCAAGGAUAAGAACAUUUUGGACACUGAGACACCUCAUCAAGCCCGCUUGAUGCGUGCCCAGAGUGCGCCCUCUCUGGCUCGAUGUAUCGCGAAUGCUAGCUUUGACAGCGCCGGAUCAGAGACAGACUCUGACUCAGAAGACGACGACAUCGAUCUUGAACUGAAAAUCGAGAACGCACUCUCGUCCUUUGCUAAAAAGGUCGAGGAAUUAGAGGAUGUAGCAGGAGCGCUGUCAAUCACGCCACCCGGCCGCACAUAUUCUGAAGCUCACCCAUUUACACCAUCGCCUCCCAAGGACAUCGAUAUACCAUACCCCUGUGGACCAAAGCACAACUCUCGACUUCGUCGUCAUAGCGGUAACCGUUCACUCGCAUCACUGAUCGCUCACGUUGAGGAUCACCCCCUUGCGCCACGCAUGAUGAGGGAAGCUGCGGACUUUCAGCUGAUGACGCUCUGGACAUGCUACAAGAACGCUUUGGAAUUGUACAUUGCGCUACUGUUGGCACCGGCUUUGAUUGUCGCGAAUGGCUGGAAUACGAGCUUGAGACCGGGUGCAGCAUGGUACAUGGCCCGUCGUUGCUACGAUUUGGGACGAACUGUUAUGGACCUGAAAAGCCCGGGCAGAUCAAAGACGCGGGUGAUAGCCCGUGGCACUGUGCGGGGUGGGAAGGUUGCACUCGAUCCACCUAUCACCACUACCAAAGAAUGGUCUAGUGGGCUGCAGACGUGGGAGGGUGAAAGCUGGCCCAACGCACCCGAGCGCAUUGGAAACGACUUUGAAGACGCCCAGAACUCUAUCACGAGGAAUGAAUCCGAGGACUGCGACGUAGAAGAGCUCUCACAGCUACGUGCGUCGCUGACGGAAACUACGGACAAUGACGAACCCAUGUGGCCUGAAGUCAUCGCCAACCGCCCGUAUACGGCUCCGCUUAUGUACGAGGAAGCCGCCGAUUUUAUUGAACAUGUCGCCACUAAUCCGGAUGUUGAUUCCGAAUGUUGGUCAGAACCCUUGGAUGGUUGCGCGAAACCGCGUCGCAAGUGGACUAGCAAGAUGAAGCAUUGUCUCAAGAAAAUACCCCAAAACACAAAGCAGGCUACCCACGACUAUGUCAAAGCGACGAAACGAUUCUCACGGACUGCUUGGCGCGUGUUGCCAGCUGCGCUGUCGAGCCGACAUCCGUUCCAGAAGAUCGACAGCAUCCUCUAG